GUGAGAUGCAAGGCCGCCAACAGCGCCUGCCCCUUGACUCUCGCUUGGACGUAAUCAUUAAUCUUCACGUUCCUCAUCUGCAAUCCAGCUUCCCGAUCUGCACGAUUGCUCAGUUUUCCGACGAGGAACAUGUGAAUGUGAUUCUUACCUGUAUCAGCCGCUCAGACUAAUCAGACGUCUCGGCUGGGUGGGGCUUUGCGGCGCGGUGCUGCGGGUGUGUGAUCGCGCACCCGGAAGUCAUCCGCUGGGGUCGGGAUUGGCGCCAAGGCAGCCACCUCGCAUGGGAAGAUGGGUCGCACACAGCGAUGCAGUUCAGUGCUGCGAUUCCUGUGCCGCGAGCUGGUGAUGUUUUAAAAGUUUCGGGCCCCCGGCCCAACCCAGAUUCUCUCGUCCUGCUCAAUCCCGUCCCAACUCACAGCAAGAGAGACGACCACGGGAGCGAACACAGACUGAAAGCCAUGGCCACAGCCUCAUCCCCGUCCGGUGCGACCGCGGCUGGCCCCGCACCGUCGGAAGCGCCCACUGCCCGGGUUUCCCCGUCUAACACGAUGGAUACGCCCUUUGAGGGUUUAGCGAUGGAGUUCAUUGAUGACCUCGAGGUCGUGCCGGUCGACUACUCGGAGAAGCGGAAGCCGCCGCGGAGGUUUCUGAGGGCCAGGGAGGGCAAAAAGCAGUACCUGCCCGGCCAGCCACGCAUACGCCUCGACAACAAGCCCAGGGGCGAUGCGGACAGCAACACGGAUCUGCUCGACUACCUGCACCAUUCCCACAACACCGACCAGCUCAAUGAGCUCCUCCCGUUCAUGCGGUAUAUCUUUGUACAGACACCCUCGCACAUACACAUCAACCCGUUGCAUCACCAGAGUUCGCACGAGCGCAAAAUCAAGGUGACGGAAAGCUCGGGCCUCCACCUGGUCUGGUACUACGAGAUCAUCUUCAUCAAGCCGGUGCCCGCGUACUUCUACUCGCAGGCCUUCUGGGACUACAUCGAGCACGCCCGUCCAGAGAUUUACAGCGCGUGUCUCGGCUUCAUGCGGAGCUACGAACGUCUCAUCCAAUACGAGAUCGACUUCCAGCUGGCCUGCGAGACUCGCCUGAUCCCCAAGAAGGGCAAUGGCGAGCUCCCGACCUACGAGGAGUGGUGCGAGUUCAUCCGGCCAUUCGCCAGAGUCGGCGACAACCAUGUCAAUCGCCGGUACCACUACGGCGAGCUCCGCCUGACGCGCAUCAACCGGGCCGCCUUCUUCUUCAGGGGCAGUCUGGCCUACUUCCACAUCUACCCGCAAUGGGGUUCCUGGAUACACCACACCCUGGCCCCCAUCGUCACGCUGUUUGCCGUCUGCUCCGUGGUGCUCAACUCGAUGCAGGUCAGUCUUGCUGCCAUGGAUCUGAGCCACCAGCCGGAGGGAGGAGCAUGGACGAGACUCAUCGACGCCUCGCUCUGGUUUCCGAUUGCCGUGAUGCUCGCCAUAGCCCUCGUGCUUGCCGUCGCAUUGAUUGGAGUGGGCUAUAUGGGUAUGAAGGAUCUGGCCCGUGGGAACGAGGUGCGGCAGCGGAAGAAGCAGGGAGACCCGUACGCUGGGUCGCGGAGCCACGGCAUGGUCUGGUAGCGACUGACCACUUGGUUCCCCUCUCAUCUGCACAAAAGAAAGGCCAGCGGGAUAUUUCAGUUCGCGCC